AAACUCAUAAUCAAACGAGCAGAGGCGGCCUUCAUCAAAAAAAGAAAAAUAAAAAACGAACAGAGGCGGCGAGGGAAGGGAAGGGAAGGACGAGGUCAGAAGUAAAGGCGAGGGAGAAUGGCGAUGGAGAUUGUUUGGCAGACACCGGCCAACCCUCCGGAGCCUCAAGAUUACAUCUUCCGAAAUGGGAGGCGUCUCGUGAGACCCUACUAUUUUGAGUUCAUCUCCCAUGUUAAGAAUCGGUGGGCUGGCAAAACCGUUGUCGACUUCUUCGCCCAUGAAUUCAAAGGCCGACCCUAUGAUUACUAUGUUAGUGCGGUGAACUGCGGGCGGAUUCGGGUUGAUGGGGAGAUGGUGCCUGUCUCCUAUAUCCUCAAGCCCUCACAAAAGAUAAGCCACUUCUUGCACAGGCAUGAACCACCGGUUUUGGCAUUCGAUGUUUCAGUUAUUCUCCAAGAACCCGAUGUCGUGACCGUAUGCAAGCCGCCAACUGUUCCUGUGCAUCCAUGUGGUCAGUAUCGCAAGAGCACUGUUGUUGGCAUCCUUCAGGCUGAACAUGGCUUAGCACCUCUUUUUCCUGUUCAUCGGUUGGAUCGACUAGUAUCAGGGCUGCUGAUCUUGGCCAGGACUUCCUCAAAGGCUGAAAUUUUUAGGCAACAGAUUGAAGGUGGAAUGGUGAAGAAACAGUAUAUCGCAAAGGUUAUUGGGAUAUUUCCUGAGAAUGAGGUAGUGAUUAAUGUGAACAUAGAUUAUAAUGCUCGAGAAGGAAGGAGCACAGCCGAGGAGGGUAACCCUUGCAGUGACAGUCCUUCAAAAGGGAAGCCUGCUUCUACAAAGUUUACAAGGAUUGGCACUAAUGGAAGGCACAGUCUUGUCUUGUGUGAACCAAUCACUGGCCGUACGCAUCAGAUACGAGUACACCUGCAGUACGUGGGGCACCCAAUCGCGAACGAUUCGCUCUACCUAUCAGAGCAAGGAGUGAAUCGUUCAUCUGGAGGAACCACCGCAGAUAGAGCUGCUGCUAACAGUUGUUUGAAUUCCGAAGCUGAUCUGGUUUGUCCCAGAGAGUAUGAAGAGGAAUGCCGUGAGGACUUCAGCAUUGACCCUAUGUGCACCCACUGUCCCGGGUUGGCUCCAAAGGGGUACGGGGGCGAUGAAGAGGGAUUGUGGCUACAUUGUGUUCGAUACAGCGGGCCUGGGUGGGUUUAUGAAUGCCCUUAUCCACAUUGGGCCAUCCUUCUUUGAACUGACCCGAGCCUUUCUGUUGUUUUUAGACUUUAUUUGUUUCUAUUCAUGUUAUAUGGUAAAAAAUUACUUAAACUUUUAAUCAUAAAAUACAUGUAUGUAUUUAAGGAUAUAGUUAUUUUUAAUUUUUUUUACUAGUUAAUGAGAAUAAUAUACUCGGGUUCAUCAGAAAA